AUGAUAAAACUAUUUCAAGAGCUAAAAGAGCAAAUACAAAAUAAAGAUAAAAUGUUAAACAAUUUAAAAGAGCGACCACCAUUGAACUUGGACAAUCAUGAAGAACCAAUGAGUGACAACAACUAUCACGUCUUGACAGGCUUAACUCGAGACCGGUUUAACGAUUUAUGUUCUCACAUACCGCCAUCCAGUUUACGGCAUAGUGAUAUUAGAACACCUAGAAUGGCAAUUGCCAUUCUAUUAGUUAAACUUCGGUUAGAUUUGAGUCAUCAAGCAUUAUGUACACUAUUCGGAUUAGAAGAGAAAAUGCAAAUCAGUAGAAUUUUAGACAGUACCUGUUCUGCGUUAGGACAGUAUUUCGUACCCAAGCAUUUAGGUUUUGGACAUAUAACGAGAACAGAUGUGAUACAAAAGCAUACACGCCCACUAGCUCAACAGUUACUGGUGGAUGAUGAUCCGACCAAAGCUAUAAUUAUACUGGAUGGGACGUAUGUCUGUAUUCAAAAAAGUCACAAUAAUGUAUUGCAAAGGCGGAGUUUUAGUCUACAUAAAGGAAAGCCGCUUGUUAAGCCGAUGAUGGUAGUCUCAUCCGACGGCUACAUAAUAGCGGUGUUAGGUCCGUUUUUUGCGGACGGAAAAAACAACGAUUCAGAGAUAACAAAACAUUUAUUAUAUAACAAUGUACAAGGAUUUCAAAACUGGAUGAAACCAGGAGAUGUGAUCGUCGUUGACCGUGGUUUCCGCGACUGUCUAGCGGACCUACAGAAAUUCGGUUACGAGACCAAGAUGCCUCUAUUUUUGAAAAAAGAUCAAACUCAAUACACGACUGCCGAAGCAAACAAAACAAGAUUGAUUACUAAAGUCCGCUGGGUCAUUGAGUCAGCAAAUGGCCGUGUAAAGCAGUGGCGGUUCUUUAGUAACAUCGUACCAAACACAAUGAUUGAGAAAAUAGGAAGUUACUUCGAAAUCGUGUGUGCUUUGAUUAACUGCUAUAGACCGGUCUUUGUUAAAGAUACAAGCAAAGAUAAAGAAAUUGACCAAAAAAUCCUUGAAUUGGCUCAUGAAACGAAUAAAAUCAAAGAAUAUAUCGAUAAAAUUAAAGAUAAAAGCGAGAAACAACUGAAAUGGACCAGCAUAAAUGCCACAGACAGUGUCAGUAACUUUCCAAAAAUGGAUUUUGAUGAGUUACAAGUAUUGACACUGGGAACAUACCAGUUAAAACAAGCGCGUUCCUACAUUACAGAACAUUUAUCAGAGGACGGAGCAUUUCUCGUAAAAGUCGCAAAUAAAAAACAGGACCUUUUGCGAGCGCGCAUACAGUCCCGUCACAGAAAUGCCGUGAAAUACGAGUUAUAUAUACAAUAUAACAACAGGCAGAUUACGGGCUGGUAUUGCAAAUGCCCAAACGGGAGUCGUGUAGUGGGUUGUUGUGCCCAUAUAGCUUCGGUUAUGUAUUACCUAGCUUUUGCUAGGUAUAAUCCAGAACACCUACAACCACGAUCGUCCAAGUACUACGCCUCAUUAACUGAUGCUGUAGACUAUUCUGAGGUCUCAGAUACAGAGACAAGUGAUGAAGACGAAGAUGACUCAAAUACACUAUAUUACUUAGUUUAG